GCAGGCGGGCGCGCGCGGCGGGAGGAGGGGCGGAGUGGAACUGUGGGCUGGGGGCCCAAGCACAGGUCUGUGCGCUGGAAGCUAGCAGCAGGCGCAACCUCGCGCGCCGAGACCCGGCGAGAACCUGUUACAGGUCAGUUUUUAGUGAGAAAACACUGGGCUAGGAGCCAAGACUUCUUCACUAUUUUGGUAUUGUGCAAGUCUUCUUAUCUCUUUGGAUCUCAGUUGACUCAUCUGUAAAAAGGAGAUUAAAAUUAUUUACCUGCCUGAACAAAAGGAUCAUGCUAUGCACUGUUUUAUAAGCAGCAUUUUAAAAAUUGCAAUUGUAUUUAAUAGCUUAUCUUCCUUACUAGAUUGAAGCCCUGUCAGGAUGAGGUGGAGGACUCUCCUGCUACAGUAUUGCUUUCUCUUGAUUACAUUUCUACUUACUGCUCUUGAAGCUGUGCCUAUAGACAUAGACAAGACAAAAGUACAAAAUAUUCACCCUGUGGAAAGUGCAAAGAUAGAAUCACCAGAUACUGGACUUUAUUAUGAUGAAUAUCUCAAGCAAGUGAUUGAUGUGCUGGAAACAGAUAAACACUUCAGAGAAAAGCUCCAGAAAGCAGACAUAGAGGAAAUAAAGAGUGGGAGGCUAAGCAAAGAGCUGGAUUUAGUAAGUCACCAUGUGAGGACAAAACUCGAUGAACUGAAAAGGCAAGAAGUAGGAAGGUUAAGAAUGUUAAUUAAAGCUAAGUUGGAUUCCAUUCAAGAUAUAGGCAUGGACCACCAAGCUCUUCUAAAACAAUUUGAUCACCUAAACCACCUGAAUCCUGACAAGUUUGAAUCCACAGAUUUAGAUAUGCUAAUUAAAGCGGCAACAAGUGAUCUGGAACACUAUGACAAGACUAGACAUGAAGAAUUUAAAAAAUAUGAAAUGAUGAAGGAACAUGAAAGGAGAGAAUAUUUAAAAACAUUGAGUGAAGAAAAGAGGAAAGAAGAAGAAUCUAAAUUUCAAGAAAUGAAGAAAAAGCAUGAAAAUCACCCUAAAGUUAAUCAUCCAGGAAGCAAAGAUCAACUAAAAGAGGUAUGGGAAGAGACUGAUGGAUUGGAUCCUAAUGACUUUGACCCCAAGACAUUUUUCAAAUUACAUGAUGUCAAUAGUGAUGGAUUCCUGGAUGAACAAGAAUUAGAAGCCCUAUUUACUAAAGAGUUGGAGAAAGUAUAUGACCCUAAAAAUGAAGAGGAUGAUAUGGUAGAAAUGGAAGAAGAAAGACUUAGAAUGAGGGAACAUGUAAUGAAUGAGGUUGAUACUAACAAAGACCGAUUGGUGACUCUGGAGGAGUUUUUGAAAGCCACAGAAAAAAAAGAAUUCUUGGAGCCAGAUAGCUGGGAGACAUUAGAUCAGCAACAGUUCUUCACAGAGGAAGAGCUAAAAGAAUAUGAAAAUAUUAUUGCUUUACAAGAAAAUGAACUUAAGAAGAAGGCAGAUGAGCUUCAGAAACAAAAAGAAGAGCUACAGCGUCAGCAUGAUCAGCUGGAGGCUCAGAAGCUGGAAUAUCAUCAGGUCAUACAGCAGAUGGAACAAAAAAAAUUACAACAAGGAAUUCCUCCAUCAGGGCCAGCUGGAGAAUUGAAGUUUGAGCCACACAUUUAAAGUCUGAAGUCCGCCAGAACUUGGAAGAAAGCUGUUAACUCAACAUCUAUUUCAUCUUUUUAGCUCCCUUCCUUUUUCUCUGCUCAAUAAAUAUUUUAAAAGCAUAUUUGGAAUAAAGGAAAAUACUUUUUAAAUAAGAACACUUUUUCUUGGACACAGAUAUUAAAGGAUUGAAGUCUAUCACAACCAGGAAGAACACAAACUCACUAUAAACUCUCUGCUCUCACUCUCACACAGCUCUUCCAUUUCUUCUGUUCUCCUUUAGUGAUUUAAUUAAGUGACUUUAUGCCAUAAGUUAGUGUAACUAUUAGGAACUAUUUAAGUGAGAAAACUCUGCCUACUGCUUUUAAAUUAGAUUGCUCUCACUUACUCAUAAACAUAGAUAUUCUUUA